AMGAGAAGAUUCCUGAAGUGCUCAGGGMUUUUUUUCUCCGACUUUACAGGAUGGGAGAGCGUGAGAAUAUAGGGAGGGCUAGUAAGGAGGAGGAGGGUUCAUUCUGAGAGGAGGAGACAAAGAGGGGGAGAGCAUAAAUAAUAUGAGUUUGGCCAGGUAGUAAGAAGAGGGAUCUGUGUAGCUGUCCUCUAGCCAGUGGAGUGUUGAUUGGAUUAGGUGUGCAUGCAAAUAUCCAGUGGUCAGAGUGUGAGUGGUUAGUAGACAAAACUGUGUGGUAGUCAGAUAUGCACUUCUGCAAUUCUCUUGGACAUCAGCUGUACUUCUCUACUUUACAUAAUCCAGAAUGCUGAAACCAGAAUGGAUCCUCCAGGUCAUCUGAGACGGUGUCAGUGUGUCCUCCCUGCUCUCCCUCCACGGUGGUCCUCUCGUCCUCGAGACUCGUUCCACGGGGAACCGUCUGCCUCCUCCUCUCCUGGCAGCAGCCCCCCUGUAACGGUGUAGCGGUGGAAAAGCGACCCUGUAAAUAUGCCUGGAUGGAGGUCUCAGUGCCGUCUCGUCCUGCUGAACUCCCUGACCUGCGGCCUGGAGAUCUGCGUGGCAGCUGGGAUCACAUACGUGCCUCCCCUGCUUCUGGAGGCUGGGGUAGAGGAGCAAUACAUGACCAUGGUGCUAGGUAUCGGCCCAGUGUUAGGUCUCAUCUUCAUCCCUGUGAUUGGCUCAGCCAGUGACCACUGCAACAGCAGCUAUGGCCGCCGUCGGCCCUUCAUCUGGCUGCUGUCCCUGGGUGUCCUCCUAGCCCUCCUCAUCAUCCCCCAUGCCGACCUGCUGGCUGCCUACUUCACCUGGGGCGGACGCACCCUAGAAGUGGCCUUCCUCAUCCUCGGGGUGGGCCUGCUCGACUUCUGUGGCCAGGUGUGCUUCACGCCGCUAGAGGCGCUCCUCUCGGACCUGUACCGCGACGAGGAGGACUGCAACCAGGCCUUCGCCAUGUUCUCCUUUAUGGUCAGCCUCGGAGGCUGUGUGGGCUACCUGCUUCCUGCGCUAGACUGGAGCCGGGGCCUGCUGUCCGUCUACCUGGGCGGCCAGGCAGAGUGCCUCUUCUUCAUGCUCAUCCUCAUCUUCGUGACCAGCGUGCUGAUCACCAUGAAGGUGUCGGAGGAGCCGCCGUGUGCUGGUGUGCCGGCCCUGGAGCCAGCUCCUCUCCUGGAGGCGGGCCACUGCAGCAUUCCACGCUCCUGCUGCUACCUGCUCAAAUGCAAAUUGCGGCUGCUCAAGUCGGGCCCGCUGCUGUGCCUGCUGAGGACGUUCUGGUCCAUGACGCCAGCCAUCUACCACAGCUACUGCCACGUGCCCCAGGUAAUGAGGCAGCUGUGCGUGGCACAGCUCUGCAGCUGGAUGGCCGUCAUGUCCUUUAUGCUCUUCUACACAGACUUUGUGGGGGAGGGGCUGUACGAGGGCGUGCCCAGUGCCGCUCCCGGGACCGCCUCCAGGCAGCGCUACGACGACGGCAUCCGUAUGGGCAGCCUGGGCCUGUUCCUGCAGUGUGCUACCUCUACUGUCUUCUCCCUGCUCAUGAGCCGACUGGUCCGCCAUUUUGGCUCGCGCCGGGUCUACCUGAGCAGCAUGGUGAGCUUCACCAUCUCUGCCCUGGUCAUCUGUAUGUCCAAGAGUGUGGUCCUGGUCACCGUGAUGUCGGCUCUGACUGGCUUUGCCUAUGCCACGCUGCAGACGCUGCCGUACACCCUCACCUGCCACUACCACAAGGAAAUGGAGGUUUACAUGCCAAAAAAGAAAACAAAAAACUUGCUUAAGUACGGGAUUGUGAUCAAGCAGGACUCGAUCACACAUUUGACAGCUGUGUCCGAGGAGGCGGGGCUGGCCCACAAACUGGGGGGCACCAACGGGCAUGCCUUCUUCAGCCAAGACGGCUCAGACUACUACCCCCCUCCCCACGGCCAGAAUGGGUCGUCCCACAAAGCCACGGGCCCCGAGCAGGAUGAGCCAGAGGGCUACGAGAAGCGCGGCGUAGGGUUGGACUUUGCCAUCCUGGAUAGCACCUUCCUCCUCUCUCAGGUCUUUCCCACUCUCUUCAUGGGCAUGAUCGUUCAGUUCACAAAGUCCGUCACUGCCUAUAUGGCCUCCUCCGCCAUCUUCGGCAUCAUCGCCAUCUAUCUGGCCAACCACAUCAUCUUUGACCAAAAGGACCUCAAGAGCUGAAAAAAAACAGGAACCAAGAGUGAAGGAAUGCACCCCUGGCUGCACUACCACUCCCUGCGCUUGCAACGCUCCAGUGUCUUCGCUGACCGUUGCCAUGGCAUUACCAAUGGAUUGCAAUGAGGCAGCCCGUUUAUACGUUUGUGUGUAUGUGUGCGGCAGGAAUGAAAGAAAAA